AUGCGAGUCUCCCAAUGGACGAAGGGACAGCGAACUGGAUAUCAACGCGUCAAUGACCAAAUUGUCGACUAUCUGCAGGCGGCCAGGAUUGCUCCUUCCCCGGGAGUGACGAGGGCCGGCUACAUUGCCAUAGGCCAGGACCUGGGACAGCGAUCUGCCGCCAGACAGGUUGCAGCCCUCAACUCCAACCUGAACCUCGUCGCCAACGCCAUCAUGACGGUCACCCAUCAAAACAGGGGCAUCUUCUGGAACCAGGUGACACUCAGCCUGCCAAGCUUGUUGACUUCGCAGUCCAAGGUUGUCAUCAUCACGGCCACGCAGCCGUCAGACAUAGAGAGGCUAGCGGUGUCGACGAUGAUCCGGAACUUGAACGCGGAGGUUUUUGUGAUCGGACUGCCCUUCAAGGAGGUCCUCAGUUCAUCUGCACUCCAAUCCUUGGCCACCAGUACAGCCAACGUUCGAGUCUUAAACACUUUCGACGAUUUUUCCAUCCGUAACCAACUUGAGCAAUUUAUUCCGGUUACGUGCGCUGUCGUAGACAAAGAUUGCUCUAGGUGCGAUUACCAAAACGGAGCUGCCUAUAUUGGUGAUGACAACAACUGUCACAGGUUCUACUUCUGUGAGUACAAGCUCGGAUCCGACCAACCUACCAAGCACUCCUUUGUAUGUCCCUGGACCACCGUGUGGGACCAGGAAAAGCUCACCUGCAUCCACGAAGAUGCUACCAAUGGAUGCCCUUACUGUGACGCCCCGAACGAGUAUGGGAAAUACUCCGUGAGUUCCAACUGUCGCCAGUAUCGCGUAUGCAACGGAACUCAGCCGUACGUGGACAAGUGCUGCCCCCUAGGUCAGAGAUUUGACAAGGCAAGUCUAACCUGCGUGACCGACAGGCAAUGUCAAGACACAUGCGGGGACGACGGCAGAUCAUUUUCUUGCAACAAAUAUCCCAUGACAAAUGAUAUAUGUAAAUACCAAAUUCGAGAACCUGGCCAUCCCGUUUACAACAAAUCAUGCGCCGAAGGAACGAAGUUCAGUCGGGAACAUUGUCUGUGCGUCUGGCUCCUUGCUGGAGAAAGUUGCGCGACCGAUCCACGAGAUUUUAAUGGCUGCCUCUGGACUGUGGAACUGCCUUUCACAGAUGGUGCUAAUGGUCUUCAAACUCGCGGCCAGAACGGCGUCACGAAGGGUCCGGUGUUCACCCAGUCGUCGUACCUGAGCAGCGAGAAGGUGCUCGUGAACAGCGUGGCCAGGGAAGGCGUGUUCAGGAAGGGCUACCUCAAGUCGUGGUACUUCAGCUACCGCAACUGGCAGCCCAACCUCCUCGUGAAGCUCAAGUUCAAAGAGGACAGCUCCAACAACGAGGAACAGGUCAUUUUGAGCAACGUGUGCUGCGACACGUCCAGCGACGAACCCAGCGUCUUCAUCUACGUCAACCCUGCCACGGGACAACUUCGCGGCGGCGUCAAGACGGAAACUGAAGGCAUGGUGACUGCCGAAAUCAGAUACAAUGUAGCGCAGUCCCGAGACAUGUGGAAAGAGGUGACACUGCAGCGAGCCGGCGGGGAACUGAAGAUGAAGUUAACAAUUGACGGGACAGCGUUUGCUCAAACCACACAGGGCGUGCCUGCAAUGGGGGAAAUUGUUAUAAGUAAAUGCUCGCUGAAACUCGGUGGUCCAGGCUAUGCGGGCAAAUCAACAUUCAGAGGCAAAAUGUCAAGUUUCUAUUUGUCGAAUGAAUGUGAUGUCAUUCCAGCCCCAGAACUCAUCUAAGUAAUUCCGUGCAUACAACGAACGAUUUGUGCAAAUGUUCUCCGAAUCUCAACAAUCAGACUGGUUCUAUUCGUCUUUGUGUUUUCGUUCAUCUAAAACGAGACGCACACUGUGAAUGAUUUUUCUCUUUAACUGUGACAUUUCAGCAUCGCUUGAUUGUUUGGUUCAGUAAACCAUUUUUGCACAAAGGUUUAAUUGCAUGUGUUUUAUACCAGUGCAUUCAAUGCACAUUUUUCAGUUAACCGAGACAGUGUAUUGCAUGUUAUGUCUAUUAAAGUAAUUUAUUUCGAGUAUAUUGUUGGGAGACACGUUCUCCAGUGCUGUUCACAGUUUUAUAUGACAUUUGCAAUAAAACAGAACUUACGCUAAACGGC